AUGAAGCUUCACUACAUUGGCAUCAUCCAGAACGAGAGCAAGCCUGGUGUCGAGGUGUGCUCUGAGAAAGAGCUGACGGCAUACUCGCGCUUCACCCGCAACAACUAUGGCGAAUUCAUGUCGAUGUUUGCGAAGACGGUAGCGGAGCGGACGCGGCCAGGACAGCGACAGGACGUCGAGGAACAAGACUACACCUUCCACGCGUACGGCCGCACCGAGGGCGUCUGCGGCAUCAUCAUCUCAGACCACGAGUACCCGGCGCUGGUGGCGCACCAGCUGCUGUCAAAGGUGAUGGACGAGUUCCUGGCAUCACACCCGCGGUCCUCAUGGUCAAACGGCCAGACCGUCGCCAUGCCCGAACUGAAAGACUACCUGGCCAAGUACCAGGACCCGCACCAGGCCGACAGCAUCAUGAAGAUCCAGCGCGAGCUCGACGACACCAAGAUCGUGCUGCACAAGACCAUCGAGAGCGUGCUGCAGCGCGGCGAGAAGAUCGACGACCUCGUCGCCAAGUCGGACGGCCUGAGCUCCCAGAGCAAGAUGUUUUACCAACAAGCGAAGAAGCAGAACUCGUGCUGUGUGGUCAUGUAG